AUGCCUCUACCUGAGGCUUUCGAGGUGCCCCAAUUGGAUGCGACGAAUAAAAGCUUUCCAAGUUACAGGCCUUACGUCGACGAUCGGAGCCUUCCUUUGAAGGCUCGCGAAGCUACGAAUGAUCAAUGUGUAGAUUUGACACUUGCGCAAGCCAAGACCAUUCCAAAUUUCUGGCAAAAAGUCCAAUCUUAUGCAGAUGGGAGGUACGGUAAAGGAAGCCGGAAAAUUUUAAUGUAUGAUAAACACUAUCCGGAUGUUCAUCCAGCCAAAGUUUGCGUAACCUCUCAGGCGGUGCAAAUAAAGACGACAGGAUCCCCUUCCUGCCAGACCAACAAUGCCACCACUGGGGGGAUCAUUUCUGGAACUCACGGAAUAGUGUCCGUAAUGAUCCAACAGGGAUUCACAGGCACUUCGUCCUUUACCAUCAGCGAAGCAGCAAGCAUUGGCAUAACCAAUGCAUUCAGAGUCAGGAUGAAAUUUCCUGAUGUCGUGAACACCAGAGGAGGGCCGACCGCGUACACAACCAUUACCAAUACCCAAUCUGCGAACUUUGACAUCAGCUUCAAUGAAAUGGUUACAACUACGUUCAACAUGACUGUGCAACCGGACCAGAACUGUCAGGCAAUGGAAGCCGUCCGUUCGUGUACCUUGCAAGGUAUUGGAGAAAUACCAUUCAUCGCCUCUGGUAAAUUCUGGAUCGAGUAUGACGAUAAAACCUAUGAUCACCUCGUGAACGAAAAAACUCACGAUGAUCACUACAAAUUCGAGGUCGACUUCAAGGACGUGCUGCCUGCCGCUUCCCAGCGGACGAUAAAGGCCUUCUUCAAGGGAUCCUUUUCGACAUCCUCACAUGGAAAUUAUAGCGCGGUGUGCACUGGAGGUUCCGGGUAG